UUUGAUGCCCACUUACGUUUUUACACAACUCUGUAUUUGAUAUGUAGCAAAUGUGUGUAGUUACUUACCAUGUAAAAAUAGACAUUUUUGUUGACCUUUUUUGUUUUAUUUUGUAAGCGGAGUCCUUAAGUGAAAAAUAAUUGAUUCAUCAAUCGGAUAAAAAUAUAUCUUAAGCGCUGCCAAGGGGCAGCGUCUGCUUGUGCACACCGGGACGCCAAUUGGCCGAUAAACGCAAACGCAAAGACGCGAUGAAUGUUGAAACACAAGAAUUCAAAAUACAAGAACAAACACAGGCUACCUUUUGGUAGCUGAACUGAACGCGCAAAAGCUGAAAAGUUGAAACAUGUUAGUAAUACUAAAAGCAAGCAGCACGCAAGACCCGAAACCUGAAUAGUACCAUAGUGAUAUAAUUAUAUAUAUGUACAGCAUUACAUAUGUAUGUACAUGCAUGCAUAUGUGUGUAAUUGUUUGCUAAUCGUUGAAACUGGAAAAUAAACAUUAAACACUCACCCAAGCCUUUACAUACAACUACGAGACACGACACGUCAAGAUGGCCGUGCAGCUGAAGCAUAAUUACCAUCAUCUGCCACUGACCAUCACGCCGAUCCUGUGCCAGCCAGUGCUGAAGCCGGCUCCAAUGCCACCGAAGCCGGAGGCGCCCGAUCUAACGUUUCACUGCAUGUGCUGCUCGGAGUACUUUGUGCACCCGUUGGCCCUGUACCAGCACAUGAACUGCCGGCAUCCGAAUGAGCCUGCACAAGAGCAGCAGCUGGGUGAGUGCCAGGAGCAGCAGGCGGAGGAGGGCGAGGACUACAGUUGGAUAUUCGAGCCAGUCUGCGAGCUGGAGGAACAGGAGCAGCAGCAGCAGCAGCAACAGCAGUCACAGGAAGCUGCCAGCGAGGACAGCGACUCCUCGGACGAUGACGACGACAGCGACGAUAAUGACAGCUCCGAUGACGAUGACAGCAGCUCCAGUUCCAGCUCCAGCAACUCCUCCAGCUCGUCCAGCUCCAUGCCCAGUUCCACCAGCAACUCCAACACCCAGCAGAGUCAGAGCCAGAGUCAGAGCCAGGAGCCCAUGGACUCCUUAAGCAACGGAGGCUCCUACGCCGAGUUGGGUUCCGCGCAUCCCAUGAGAUGUUUACUUGCGGGACCGCAUCCAAAUGAGUUUCAUCUGCAAAUGGCAGACUCUCGGGAGUCCACAUCGAUUAUUCUGCUGCAACCAUCGAUGAGCAUAACUCCGCUCAGUGCACCCGUGAGCCUACCCCAUCCGCAACAGCAGCAGCUUCUCCCUGCCCAGCCGCCUCCACCCAUGAGCAUCUCCAUGGAGCCUGCUCCCAUCAAGCGACGUCGGGGUCGUCGCAGCAAGGCGAACAAUCCGAUGCUCGAGUCCGCCAUGGCCGCGAAUCCGGCGGCACAGAAAUGCUUCCAGUGCUCGCACUGCGAGGCGAGCUUCCCCAAUGCCGGCGAUCUCUCCAAGCACGUGCGCUCCCACAUCACCAACAAGCCCUUCCAAUGCUCCAUUUGCCAAAAGACCUUCACCCACAUCGGCAGCCUCAACACCCACAUAAGGAUCCACAGCGGCGAGAAGCCGUACAAGUGUGAGCUCUGCCCCAAGGCCUUCACCCAGUCCAGCAGUCUGAUGGUUCACAUGCGAUCCCAUGCCGUGCGCAAGCCCCACCAGUGCGUGCAGUGCGACAAGGGAUUCGUGAACUACACCUCGCUGCUGCUGCACCAGAAGACGCACACGGCGCCCACGGAGACGUUUGCCUGUCCGGAGUGCGAGCGGGAGUUCAAGGCGGAGGCGUUGCUCGACGAGCACAUGCGCAUGCACACCCAGGAGCUCGUCUACCAGUGCGCCAUUUGCCGCGAGGCUUUCCGCGUCAGCUCGGAGCUGGUGCAGCAUAUGAAGAACCACAUGGGCGAGAAGCCGUUCACCUGCUCCCUCUGCGAUCGCUCCUUCACACAGUCGGGCAGCCUCAACAUUCACAUGCGCAUACACACCGGCGAGAAGCCGUUCCAGUGCAAGCUGUGCGACAAAUGCUUCACGCAGGCCUCCAGCCUCAGUGUUCACAUGAAGAUCCACGCGGGCGAGAAGCCCUUUCCCUGCCACAUCUGCGGCAAGUCCUACAGCCAGCAGGCAUAUCUGAAUAAGCACAUCCAGAGCCACAAUCGUGCGGCAGAUCCAGUCCAAGGAGUGGCCUCCGCCCCGGUGCCCAUGCAGCAGCGGCACGAGACUUUGGUGUGCAUUGUGUGCGGCUCCUUGCACGCCGACGCGACCGCUCUGGCAUUGCACGUGACCAGCCAGCAUGCGGCGCUGUUGGACAACAUCAAGCACACGGCGAUGCCACCAACACCAACUCCGCUGGAUGGCAAGUGCAGCCAGCUGCAGCAGCAGGCGUACAUGCAGCGUGUGCAGUCGAUGCUGCAGCAGAUGAACCAACAGCAGCAGCAGCUGCCGGCCAUGGACUCCACCGGGGAGGAUGAGGAGGAGCCCGAAGAGGAGGAGGAUCCCGAAGAGGAGGACGAGCCAGAGGAGUCCCUGCCAGAGGCCGACGAGUGCCCAGUGCCCAGUGUUUCCGCCUCCGAGCAGGAGACUGUCAUGGACUCGGAUAUGUAUUACGAGGAGUUUGCCGACAUGGACGUGGGCUGCCAGGAGGAGGUGUGCGGCGACUAUGUCGCCAAUGAGGAGGAGAUCUGCACCGAGGAGAUUGUCUAAAUUUAAGGAGCUUAAGCAACGUUUUCCCGCAUACAUUUAAAAGGAAUGCGAACCGGUUGCCCGACUUCUGCUCAACAUUUGGGAGGAUGCGCGAACCGUUUGCAUUUCACGCCUUAUCACAUUUUGCUCAUCAUUGGAAUCGUUAUUUAUUGGAAUUUACUUACAGAAACUACUCAGCUCUGUAACCAUCAACCCUCUGGUGGCAUUACCACUUUUCAUAUCAUCUAAGAAUUACAUUUAACCCAGAGUCUAGCACAGUCUCUUGGGCGUCUCUUUGUCUUGUAAAGGUAUUACAUUUAAUUAUCUAUUUUGUUAGACAUUAAGCCCCGAUCUAUUCCCCACGUUGAGCUGCAAGCCUCAACAAUUCCACGCUGCAUAAUUCCCUAUAAGCAUUACACAUAGAUUAUACAUUGUAAAGUCGCCUUGGAGCACAACCCCUGAAGAGAUUACAUUAAUCGUUACUGAAAAAA